UCCAUCGCGUCUUUUCACUCAUCUCCUCCUUCCACUCUCAAUAUUCUCGGGAAACAAACACUCACCACAAAGUGCAUACCUCCGCAUCCAUCGCAAACCUCUACAGACUACGGCUCUAUCUCUCACUCUCUCUCUCUCUCUCGCGUAAUGGCUCUCAACCUUUCUCUAUCCAGUCCUCCCAUUCGCUCCCAUCAACCUCUCACAUACUCCGCGAAGCACCCGAUCGCGCUUCUCGGCUCCUCAUCCACCUCCUUCUCCACUUUCUCGCAGAGCAGCUUGAAGAAAAGCAGGAGUUACCUUGGUGCAGUGGUAAGAUCCAGUCUAGAAACGGUUGGACCCACGGUUAAAGUUGGCCAGGUGACUGACGUCGACAAGGACACCUUCUGGCCCCUCGUCAAGGCCGCCGGCGACAAGACCGUCGUCCUCGACAUGUACACUCAAUGGUGUGGUCCAUGCAAGGUGAUGGCUCCAAAGUUCAAAGAACUUUCUGAGAAGUAUCUUGAUGUUGUCUUUCUAAAGCUUGACUGCAACCAGAACAAUAAGCCAUUGGCAAAGGAGCUCGGGAUAAGAGUUGUUCCAACAUUCAAGAUUCUGAAGGAGAGCAAGGUUGUAAAAGAAGUCACAGGUGCCAAAUUUGAUGAUCUACUCCUUGCAAUUGAUACUGUUAGAUCCAGCUAGAAACUCUCUUCUCAUUGUUUUCCCUGUGAAAUCAUGUUCAUAGUAUAUUGGACAGAUUCUGCCUCAAACUAAUUAAUGGACUUUUGUAUGUAUCGAUCAUUAGUUUUUUGUUAUGAAAUUAUACUGAAAGCCAAA